UUAAGGCCGUAGUUUUACAAGUCAACUCUGGCAACCGGCGCGUCUCGACCCGAGCGUUCUAAAUUCUCUCCUCUUUCUCUCUCUUUCUCCAGCGUCGACUCUCGCUUCAUCCACCUGUCGUCAAUUUUUUUCCUAUUUCUCUCGAACGUUCCAAUCGGAUACGGGACCGCCCAAACCCUGACCCGAGCGCCCAUAAUGGAAGGAGCUUCGACUGCGGGCGGAGGAGGCGGUCCGGCGCCGUUUUUGCUGAAGACGUACGACAUGGUGGAUGAUUCAGCGACAGACGAGAUCGUGUCGUGGAGCUCGAACAAGAAAAGUUUCGUCGUUUGGAACCCGCCGGAGUUCGCUCGGCUUCUGCUCCCCACCUAUUUCAAGCACAACAACUUCUCUAGCUUCAUUCGUCAGCUCAAUACAUACGGAUUUCGAAAGAUUGAUCCAGAGAAAUGGGAAUUUGCUAAUGAAGACUUCAUACAAGAUCAAAAGCAUCUUCUUAAGAAUAUCCACCGCAGAAAACCCAUUCACAGCCACAGUAAUCCUCAAGGUUCUAUGGUAGAUCCGGAGAGAGCGGCUCUUGAUGACGAAAUAGAGAAGCUUUCACAUGAUAAAGCCACACUAGAGGCAAAUAUUUCAAGGUUCAAGCAGCAGCGGUCUGAUGCAAAGCUGCAGUUGGAAGACCUAACACAGCGGGUGAAUUCCAUGGAACAACGACAGAAGGAUUUGCUGAAAUUCUUAGAUAAGAAUGUUCAGAACCCUACUUUUGUUGAACAUCUCACUAGAAAAAUCGAAGCUAUGGAUUUUGCAGCAUGUAAUAAGAAAAGGCGAUUGCCUGAUGUUGAUCACCUACAGCCAGUUGUGGAGAAUAGUUUUGUGGAUAACCAAAGUAGUUCCAGAUCUGAGUUUGGGAAUAUUUUCCACCAAGACUUUUCAAGUAAACUGAGACUAGAAUUAUCACCAGCUGUUUCAGACAUUAACCUGGUUUCACGCAGCACACAGAGUUCCAAUGAAGAUGGGUAUAGUCCUACUAGGAAAAUAUCUGAAGAACUUAAGGGUGUGCAGAAAAGAACAGAAGGCCUUUUAUUUGCACCUGAAACCUUAGAACUUUCAGAUACUGGAACAUCUUUUGCAUUCAAAAUGGAUUCGUUGUUAACACGAAAAGCACCAACUGUUGGAAACCCGAGACUUCAUUCAUUGCAGCCAGGUUUGUCUUCUAACGAAGAGGGUGAUGGCCAUAUAUCCUGCCAAUUAAAGCUCACUCUAGCAUCUUCCCCGUUGCAAGUCAAUAGUAGUCCUCAUUCUGCUACAAUACCCCUAGUAGGUCAGGAUAUCAGCAAAUCCCUAGCAUCAGGAUUAAAUGCCAAUGGCAAGGAAUCAGAUAUAAGAGCCUUUACAAACAAAAAUCCAGCUGAUGAAGACAUGCCUAUUACUUGCUCCCAAGAAGACACAAAUAACAAUCAAGGGCCUCCACCUGCUCCAGUAAAUGAUGUUUUCUGGGAACAGUUCCUAACUGAAAGACCUGGCUGUUCAGAAAAUGAAGAAGCAAGUUCUAAUUAUAGGGGAAAUCCAUAUGAUGAGCAGGAUGAUGGAAGGCUAGGCCACGGAAUGUCCAGAAGUGCCAAGGAUGCUGAAACACUCACUCUUUGAGUACCGCAGUUAUGGUGAAGCCCUGAACCAGGUUCAAAAAAGCUCCCUCCUUGCUUCCCAUGCUUUGUAUGAUUCAGAUUUCAGAAGAUCUGAAACUUGAAAUAACCUUGCCUGUUACUGGUUUGAAUAAGUUCAUGCCAAAAUGCAAUUAGUUCUUAGUCAUCA